GCGGGCUUUACUUUCUGCACAAUCAUGCAUGGACAAUUUCUGACUCAAGUGCGGAGUUAUCUGCCUCGAUUUCUGUUUCGCGUUUGGUCCUCCAUGCUGUAGAUGCCGGGCGCGUAUCGCUUUCAGAGAUGAUUGCCGAAGGUUUUGAGAAAUCCACACAAGCUGGCACAGUUGUCCGUGCUUGGAAUAUUCUACUGCUCGGUGUGCUUAGCGACUCUGCUGACACUCACAUCCGAGUCUUAUUACCGCAGUUGAAUGCAUUCACGCCGGCAUACUACAAGUGCUUAGGCACAUAUGUACUCGAGGGGACGACGCCUUCCGAAUCUGCUGUGGCAGAUGUGGAACACGCUUUCAUAGCUCUUAAGUUGUGGCUGCUGCUUGCACAAAUGCCGCUUGCCAACCCGACGAGAGAGUCACCCAGCGUCAAAGUCAUUUGGAACGAGUUGUGGCCCCCAUUCGAAGCGCUGGUAAAUCUUUUUAAAGCUGACAGUGUCCCGGAAGAUCUCCUACCACUGGCCACGACAAUAUGGGCUUCCGUAGCAAACUUAUUUCUCUUUGUGCUGCAAUCACGCUCACCUGUAGGGUUGGACACCGUGCCGUAUGUGGUAAUGCUGAAUCGCUUGCGUGACUCUGGAAGACGAAACUCCGCACUUAGCAAGCUGUCCCGGGCUCUGGAUGGAGAGCUUUUACCUGAAUUGCUGCCUAGCGCGGUCAUUGCUCAAGCAAAGCAGGAUGUUGAGAAUGCAGAGAAGUUGCGAGUCUUUGAAAGCGUGCAGCGACCCGUUGAACGUAAAAGGGACACGCGGAUUCCUACAUAGCCCCAGGUUUUGCAAUAAGAAAUUGUAGGAAAUUGAUAAAUCUGAGAAAAGGGAGAGGCGGUGGAUAUGCGUAUCUCUCGCUGUCAGGCUGCCCUGAGUUUCGCUUUUUGUGCUUUCUUUCUAUUCUCCUUCAUGAUGGUGGAGCCAACGAAGAAACCGAUACCCGAAAGUCCGAGCACGAGCACGAAUGCUGGCAGCCGUAUUGCCCAUUCGCGUGCAGGAAAAUAGUUGUGUAUGGGGCUGGAUGCAUCGAAGAAGGGCUGAAAAAUGUCAGCUAUAUGGUCC